AUGACAUCGGAGUUUGUAUCUGUCCUUGGAGUUCGUGUUCAUUAUAAUCUUGCUGUUCCAACAAAUGAGAAUCGCUCGGAAGAAUCAGGUACUGUCCUGCUGAUUCACGGUUUUCUCUCGAGUACAUUCACAUGGCAGAAAUGUUUACAACCAUUAGCCGAUCAAACAGGGUAUCGAGUGUUAGCGUAUGAUCGUCUAGGCUUUGGUUUUACCGAACGAAUUCUCGACGGUGAACGUUACACUCGCAAACAAGAAGAAGUACUUGCGUUAGAGUUAUUAUCCCAAUUGAAUAUUUCGCGUAAUGUUCAUCUUGUGUCAAAUUCAUCUGGUGCUGUUAUUGCAUUUGAUAUGGCUCUAAGUCGAUCCGAUCUAAUUCAAUCAAUUAUCUACAUAGCUCCUUACGGUCUCGCUAGUGUUUCACACGCGGCUGGACCGAUAAGUCGAUAUCUGAUUGGCACAAAACCAGUUCAAGCUCUAAUGAAAUUUGGUUUAACACAUUUUCUUCCAUUCAAGAAUGCUUAUUAUAAUACUGAUCUGGCCAAAGACGAAACUAUUCGUGAAGGUUAUCUAAAACCAAUUCGUGACGAUCCGCUUUUUCUUCAGGGUCUCGCUCUUUUUACUCAACAUCACGAUCAAUCAGCUUCCGAAAUCAAAUGGACUGAAAUAAAAUAG